AGCCAACAAGGAUAUACAGAUAUCUGAAAACAAGGCAUCUUGUUUCGCCUAUAUUCCUACAAAGAAGCUUGACAUAUAUGAAACACAGACGGUCAGUUGACAAUUUAAAGAGGAGAACAUUUAAAGUUGACAGUAUACUGACCAAUAGGAAAGAUAUAAAAGAAGAUCCAGACAUUAACAGUUCUAGUGUGAAAUAUUUAAAGUUGGAGAUAGCUGGAGUAUAUAACAGUCAGUUUUCUCCUGAUGUAAAUGAGGCAACUGUAGAUAUCACAUUAACUAAAACUAACCAACAGCAUGGACUUAAGGGUGAUAGACAUCAAGGUUUAAAAAACACUAGUCUAGGAAAAGUAAAGGUACCAGUCAACCCUAAUUGGAACCAGUCUAGUCUUGAUGGUACCCAGUCUGACUGUGAAAGCUAUACUCCAUGCCAGGAAACAGUGAUGUGUAAAGAUGGAUUUAGCUUCAAGCCAAAAGAUGGAUUUCACAGUUGUAUUCUAAAUGUAAAUGUUACUUAUCAGUCCAAGCCUAGUCUUUCAAAUGGUAUCUCAAAUGGUGAUGCAUCAGAACAUGAGGAACCUCAACCAAAGAAGAGACGUAGUGUAAUGAAUGGGAGGAGCAAUAGUGUGGAGGAGGGCAGUGCAACAUAUAGUGCAGAGAUAACUAUAUACAGUAAUCAGUACCAGGGUGUACUUAAGUCAGGAAUAUAUGACUUAGUGCUGCAAGAUACAGGGUCCAAAUUUUCCACUAGAGAUAGCAGAUGGGAGAGUUCUUAUGGGAAAAGAAGUAUAGAUAAACUUGAUGAGUUUGGUUCCAGUUCUACACUUAAGUUACAUUUGAGUUGGACAGAUGAUCCUGAUGGAAACCAGCAAUGUAGAACUCCACCCAGUGAGUUUGUGAAAAACAAUCAGCUUACAAAGUACAACAAUUUUUCAGGGUAUGACUCAGAAUCUUCCCCUCAAAAGAUGAAAGAUGAAGGUCAGUCAACACCAACAAAGAAGAUACAGGUCACAUAUAUGUUCUCAUAUAAUGAAAUAACACGUCAACAGACAGAUACACGAGACAACAUGAGGUGUCCAUGGUGCUCAGUGAACUGUGAAAAGUUGUACAGUCUUUUAAAGCAUCUACGAUUGAGUCAUGCUAGAUUUAAUGUUUUAUAUGUGCCUAUGCCUAAAGGUGCUCGUAUAGAUGUUACAAUAAAUGACAGUUAUGAUGGUGCAUAUUCUGGUAAUCCUCAGGAUUUGAACUCACAUAUCGGCUUUGCCUUCCAUAGACUUGGACCAGUCAGACGAACAUGUGUCACACAUGUCAUGGUGUACAGACCAAAGAGACAGCCACAUACAUUGUUAGAGUUUUGUGAGGCAGAAAAAGAAAAUCAGGUUUCAAGACAAAUAAUUCAGGGACAUAAUAGAUUGUAUUACCGGACCAACACCUGUCUACCUUUAAAACCUCAGGAGGUCAGCCAAGACAGUGAAGAUGAAAUAACUCCAAAAUGGCUCUGCCAAAAAUCUGUCAAUUUGAUAGAUGAAUUCACUGAUGUAAAUGAAGGCGAAAAAGAACUGAUGAAAAUGUGGAACCUUCAUUGUAUGAAAUACGCAUAUAUAGCAGACUGUCAAAUGCCUCAAGCAUCACAAAGUUUUGUUGAAGAACAUGGUCGGGAGUUGAUAGAGAAAAAUAUUGUUAAAAACUAUCUUAUACAUUUGGUAAACAUGUUUGACUUCAGUUUGGUGUCUCCAGAUAUUGUACAGCGUACAAUGUGGCAGCUCUACACCAUCAAAGAUGAUUUAGAAAUGUCUGGACAAUUGUCUACAUCAAGUUAAUCUAUAUCAAAACUUAUGACAAAAUUGGUUUAGUGCUUAGCUUGUAUUUUGUAUUCUUUGACAUAUUUUUAAAUACAUGGACAAUUUUAAAUGGAAUAGUCAAAUGCAUUUAAAUUAAAUUUUAAACUAUUUAUAUUUUUGGCUCAACUUUUUUUAAAGAAAACAAGUGGAGCUAUUGUCAUGGAGCCGUGUUGGCGUUGGUUAACCUUUUCGUUAAGUUCCAUUUUCUCAGAAAGUAUAAUAGCUAAUAACUUCAAACUUGCCAUAUAUGUUUAUUGUCCUAAAAGGACAGAUAAUCCAAAAAUUAUUUUAGGCAAAGUUAUGCCCCUUUUUAGCCUUGGUUAACUUUUUCAAUUUUUUGGUAAAGGUGCAUUACUCAGAAAGUAUCGAAAGAUAUUCACUUUAAACUUGUACAUGUUCACUACUAAAUUUAAUGCAUUUCUUAGGGGCAAAAUAUCCUGAAAGCCAUUUUUACCUUUUUCCUUUUUUAUGCCACCGCAGCAUCUGCGAUGCGGUGGCAUAUAGCGAUUCACCUGUGUGUGUGUGUGUUUGUGUGUGUGUUUGUGUGUGUGUUAUAUAGAUUAUAUAGUGAACUUAAAAAAUCUUCUUGUGAAAAACCACUGGUCCAAUUUCAACCAAACUUGGCAGGAUUGUUCCUUGGGUGAAGGGCUUCCAAAGUUGUUCAAAGAAUUUAAUUCCAUGCAGAAAUCUGGUUGCCAUGGCAACCAAAAGGAAUUAUAAGAAUAAAUUUAAAAAAUCUUCUUGUAAAGACCCAAAAGGCCUAGAGCUUAGAUAUUUUGCAUAAGGCAUUGUCUGGUAGACCUCUAACAAGAUUGUU